AGUUCCAUCGGCAAAAUUACAAAAUAAAUGAACUGGAAAUCGAAUGCCUUUCAUUGGGUAUUCUCUAAUGGGGAUGAUCCUUGUAAAUAUCUUGUUGCUACCAAUCAUUCUAUUGGAGAAUGCAUCAAUACUGGUAUUUGCUGCCAAGAACAGCAAUCCAUUGAAACUGUCCGGUUCGAAUAUCAGAGGAGCAUGUGUGUUUGGCGAUUUCAUUGAAGGCACGGAAGCUCAAUUUUGCAAGGAAUAUCGCCUUGACGCUUUUGAGGACUGGUCCUAUUAUGACAUCAUCUCAGACUGCAAAAAGGAAUACAACAGCACGUACAAGCGUAAAAAAUCAUGCAUAUCAUUCUUACCAGAUUCACUUCCUUUUGCAGGGUAUUGUGUGAAACGAACCAAAGGUAAAUUAUUAUCGAUACCCAUGAUGAUUACGGAGAGGGAAGACUGCGCUUAUAAAAAAAUGCUUUGCGAGGACUUUUUUUCUGGAUCCUUUGAUCCGCUUAUUUCCACGGGUAAUUGUGAACCGUUUGCUUCAAUCGUCCUAGACGAACCAAAGCUUCCAACUUCAACAGGGAGCAGCAUCAACAACAAUUACGCAGAGAUAGCUUCAGAAGAUUCCACUGGAUGUAUUGAUUCCUUAUCAUCUACGGCAGUGAUAGACUGCCCCAGCUUCCCGAGCAUGAUUGUCUCGUUCGGAGGCAUUAAAGUUGAUUGCAGCGACAAAGUUCCGCUGGAACUCGCCUCCAUCCCGCCCGUCGUCAAGGUGCGGUCGGGGGUCAUCGGCGAUCCCGACGGGUUCUAUUCACUACUUUUGGUCGAUACAACAACGAUAGCAAACAGCUACAAUGCCAGCAACACUCAUCCAAUUUUGCACUACGGUGCAGUAAACAUACCAGGGCAUUCUCUAGAAGAUGGAUUCUCCCUGUUCAAUACCAUCGGAACGGAGGCUGACGUUUUUUCGCCGUACCGAGGACCUAAUCCACCCAGGCCAUCAGAUCCGUGGGCACCACCGGAUGUCGACCGUAUCCCGUUUGUGUACGAGUUCAUGAUACAGAAGCAAGACAAGGGCCAACUCGUGGGAGCAGACGUUCAGAAGAGACUAGAGACGAACACAAAUUUUGACUAUGAAUCAUUCUUUGGCUCUGGCAGCAAUGCUAGUGGGUUGGAGGACCUCCUCAUUUCUUCAACGACCUUUUGGUCGGGGUGGUGUGUAGUAAACAAAGUGGGAAAUUUAAAAGUCAAAAAAGACAUUUUGAUGGAAUCUUUUGAAGAUCCUAAAUUUGAGUGGACGGAAGUGGGAAGAAAGAGUGGCUCUAAGAUGGAGAUCGUGGACGGAGUGAUGGUUCUCACUGCCAACGGCUCAUCAUAUGAAGUGUAUGAUGAUGUAAAGUUUGAUUCAAAUAUGACUAGCAUAGAUGACGAUGAAAUUCUUGUAAGCGAUGAUAAAUCAUCGUCAAUAUCUUUGAUGCCGUCGGUCAUUUCGACCGUGAGCGCUCGGGGUGACUUUCCCGAUCUAUCCAAAUGCGACGGAUUGAAGAUGGUCGUCAAAUCAGAAACUCCUAUGGGAGACGAGAGUAUGAGUAAUGUUUACAGUAUCGGUUUGGCGUUCCAACAAAGGCACGGCGAACCAUCAUUCGCUUUUACAUAUGGAGCCAGUCUUGCAUGGCCAUCGUCGCUAACAGUAUCAAGCGAGAGAUCCAUUGAGAAAACCAAAUUCUCGGAGCUCAUCAUUCCAUUCAAGGAGUUCACCCUAGACUGGGAUUGGAACACUGGGAAAGAACUCUCGUCGUGUUCAGAGAACGCCACCAAUUGCCUGGACCAAACAACACUACAAAACAUGGAAAACCUAACAAUAACAACCAGUCUAAGCAAUGCAACAGACGGCUAUUCGGAAUUGCAAAUCCAUUCCAUUUAUGCCAUCGGGUGUGAAAGCACCCUGGGCAAUGAUGAUGCGCAAAAUGACGGAGAUCGGACGUGCAGCAAUUGGAACAGUAGCUUCCCACCUUUGAUGGAUGAAAUUCCAAUCGAAUCCUUCCUGGACCCAACCUACGACUGGAUGACCGUUAACGAUCCUAUCAUGGGUGGAGAAUCCUAUAGCAGCAUGUCGUUGGAAGACGGAGCUGCCGUUUUCUCUGGCGAGGUGAMAGACGUCCCCUUCUUGGGCGGUAAGUGAUGAUCCUUGUGGGUUCGUGAAAUUUUGCUGAAGAUCCCGUUGCUCUAGUGACUUAUCAGUUGUUCCUCUUUCUCGGCUCGGAUCUUUUGUUGAACUCUUAUCUUUCCAGUGCCAGGAUUCAUAAAAAUGGAAGCAAAUGGAGGAAGAUACCCCGACGUUUCCUGCUGUGAUUCUAUCAAGCUUACCGUCAUGACCGACGGAGAUUACGAUGGCUACUAUUUCGGGUUUGGUUCUACGUUCGCGUACAAAGCAGAAUUAAAUAUUUCUUUGGUUGGCGAAUACGUUGAUGUGAUCAUUCCGUUCGAUGCCUUCAGCGUUGAAUGGUACGAGGGAACGUCCAUAACAAAAAUUCGUGUGACGUGCGCCGAUGACCCCAGCUUUUGCCAGCAAACACUCAAAAACAUGGAGUCCCUUAGCAUUUGGGGAGAGGGCGUGGAAGGGUCGAUCAAUUUGAAAACUAAAUCUAUCAGUGCCGUGGGGUGCUCUCCUGCAGAUGUAAAAGGACUUGAUGAUACCGGACUGUCCUCUGUGUCUAGCAGGGUCAAAUUCCAGAUACUUCCAACUACGGUUCUGGCCAUGACAUGUCUUCUUUUUCCCCUCUUGUUCUAACAGCAUUUUCAUUCCUGGUGACAUUUGCAGUUUGUACUGUACUAUAUUUUACGCCUAAUUUAAAAUUUGAUACUACUAAAUUUACGAAGGUUCAUAAUUCGUGAACUGAGAACUGGACAAACCAACUUUGAAAUUCAUCAAGCUACGCAAAUUAAAUAUGUUUCAUAACA